AGUUCGGCAAGCACCGCAGUGGCGAGGGGGCGAGGCCGGGAGGCCGCCGUUCGCCCCGGGCCGCGUCCGGCCGGCUGCAGAACUUGUUGCCAGCCGUUUGAAAAGUGCCUUUUCCGUGUGUCUCCCUUGCACCCUGCUGUCUCCGUCCCGCACCUCCACCGCGGGCACCGGACCGUCGCCGCAGUUGCAGCCCCACGCUCCCUCCCCAGACUCGCCUGAAUUCUCCCGGCCGGCCGCUCGCCGCAGCCGACGACCCUGCCGCACGGCCUGUGGAUUCCAGCAAGAGCGCGGCGUGGGAACGAGAGUGGGACGAGGCCCAGCGCCGGAGGCGGGGAUGCGGAAGAGCGUUAGGGCACGUGAGGGCGUCUGGGCCAAUGGAAUUGCCAAAAGCAGGGAAAAGUGGAAAAAGUUCAAAAGAAGGACAAGACGUAAUUGAACCAGAGAUUCCCAGCAGGAAAAACAGCCUCUUAUCUGCCCCAGCUUCAGCAUCUAGUAAAGUGAAAGUGCAGAUUCCUCCGUCCGUGGUGAAGAGAGACAAACGGCAGAAUUCCUCCAGGUUUAGCGCCAGCAAUAAUAGAGAACUUCAAAAACUACCAUCUUUAAAAGAUGUUCCUCCUGCUGAUCAAGAGAAGCUUUUUAUCCAGAAGUUACGUCAGUGUUGUGUCCUCUUUGACUUUGUUUCCGAUCCACUAAGUGACCUAAAGUGGAAGGAAGUAAAACGAGCUGCUUUAAGUGAGAUGGUAGAAUAUAUCACCCAUAAUCGGAAUGUGAUCACAGAGCCCAUUUACCCAGAAGUAGUGCAUAUGUUUGCAGUUAACAUGUUUCGAACAUUACCGCCUUCCUCCAAUCCUACGGGAGCAGAAUUUGACCCAGAGGAAGACGAACCAACGUUAGAAGCAGCCUGGCCUCAUCUACAGCUUGUUUAUGAAUUUUUCUUAAGAUUUUUAGAGUCUCCAGAUUUCCAACCUAAUAUAGCGAAGAAAUAUAUUGAUCAGAAGUUUGUAUUGCAGCUUUUAGAGCUCUUUGACAGUGAAGAUCCUCGAGAGAGAGAUUUUCUUAAAACUACCCUUCACAGAAUCUAUGGAAAAUUCUUAGGCUUAAGAGCUUACAUCAGAAAACAGAUAAAUAAUAUAUUUUAUAGGUUUAUUUAUGAAACAGAGCAUCACAAUGGCAUAGCAGAGUUACUGGAAAUAUUGGGAAGUAUAAUUAAUGGAUUUGCCUUACCCUUGAAAGAAGAGCACAAGAUUUUCUUACUGAAGGUGUUACUGCCUUUGCACAAAGUGAAGUCUCUGAGUGUCUACCACCCCCAGCUGGCAUACUGUGUAGUGCAGUUUUUAGAAAAGGACAGCACCCUCACUGAACCGGUGGUCAUGGCGCUUCUCAAAUACUGGCCAAAGACUCACAGUCCAAAAGAAGUAAUGUUCUUAAAUGAGUUGGAAGAGAUUUUAGACGUGAUUGAACCAUCAGAAUUUGUCAAGAUCAUGGAGCCGCUCUUCCGGCAGCUGGCCAAGUGUGUCUCCAGCCCGCACUUCCAGGUGGCAGAGCGAGCCCUGUAUUACUGGAAUAACGAAUACAUUAUGAGUUUAAUCAGCGACAAUGCAGCAAAGAUCCUGCCCAUCAUGUUUCCGUCCUUGUACCGCAACUCAAAGAGCCACUGGAACAAGACAAUUCAUGGCUUGAUAUACAACGCACUGAAACUCUUCAUGGAGAUGAACCAAAAACUAUUCGAUGAUUGCACCCAACAGUUUAAAGCAGAGAAACUGAAAGAGAAGCUAAAAAUGAAAGAACGAGAAGAAGCAUGGGUUAAAAUAGAAAAUCUAGCCAAAGCAAACCCCCAGUACACAUUGUGUAGUCAAGCGAGCAUCGCAAGCUUCCCGGUUGCAAUGGAGACAGAUGGGCCCUUAUUGGAAGAUGUGCUGAUGCUGAGAAAGACAGUGAAUGAAGAGGCUCGCCAGGCCCAGAAAGACCUGAAGAAGGAGCGGCCUAUGGUGCGCCGCAAGUCCGAGCUGCCUCAGGACCUCCUCACCAAGAACGCCUUGGAGGCUCACUGCAGAGCCGACCAGCUGCUGUCCCAGGACGGGCGCUAGCCCCGCCGCCAGCCCGCGCCAGCUCUUCUGGAUUCUGUAGAAAACACAUACUUUCCGUGCCAUACAAAUCAGUUACACUCAAAGUCAGAGUUUUCUUCGACCCCGUCCUAUAGGCAAUAACGUACUUCCACCUCAGCUGAGAUUAGGAGUUCAAACAAUGGUGACCCUCAGAUCGGGGCAGAGCUGGGGGCUGCCGAUGGCGUCCCCAUCACGUCGUCGUCGACCCCGGCACCGUCCCAGAUAAGACAACUUCCCCAAAUCAGAGCUAAGGAAAGCACCCUGGUCGUCAGCUUCAUGUUCUACCCAAAUGGAAUUCAGGAUCGUUUAAAAUAGGUUCUAGGAUAAUACCAAUGUUUUCAAAUCAAUGGAACACUUUCAAAAAGUAUUACAGAUUUUAUAAGACUUUACAACCUUAGAAAUUGUUUCCACAUGAUUGUUAAUGCCAGCAGUUUUUUUUUUUUUUAUCUCAUUGAAAUGGUUCUUUGCUGUCAUUGUUCUAACACAGCUUACUGGGAAACGUGACAUGACAAUCCUCCCUCAGCCACUGCUUUUUCCUAAGGUAUUUCCUCACUCUGAAUGACGACAUGUCCCCCAUGUCGGACUUCUUUCAUGUAUUUGUAAAGCCAUAUUUCCCAGUCUAUGGUCCAGCACCAGGACUCCAGGAGUAAGCUCAUAGGAGAAAUUUAUUUUCCAAAAAGCUUUCUCUGUCUACCUUGACUGGAAGUGGAAUUUUUAAGUAAUGUGUUCAUUUUGGGGUUUGCAGAGUUUUUUUCUCUAUUUACGCAUUGUUGCCCUUAAACAAGGCUCUUGGAUUAAUAGAAUUAGAGUCUCCAAGAAUUCCACACUUGGUAGAAAGCUACAAUGAGCACAUUUUGAGUGAAGACAGUUCGUGGCCUAAUGCAAACUGCAGCUGUCUUUGGGCAGACGUUAACAAAAACACCACCAUCGGCACCGGGCUCUGGUGUGACACUGGCUUAGUGCUGUCACGUGUUUCUAGGAGCUUACAGGAAGCAACAAUGAGCGAGACUUCAACUGAGUCUUUUUAUGUUGAAAAGAGCACACAUUCUAAACACCCCAUAAGGAAAAUGCAGUGUCUAAGUUUUCAUCAAAUGCUGCUAUAUAUUUCAGACUUCCUUGCAUGUAUUGAGCUUUUUGUUGUUGAUGGAAUAGCACGAGGAGAAAAAUCUUUAAACUUAGUGCUUUGUCUGUUCUUUAUUUCUCUCAGGGUGGCCAGUAUCUUGACUUAUUUAUCCUGCUUGAAAGCUGUUUGAGACGUGUACUGCUGUUCUAAACAAGUGAUUCUAGUUCCUUUUGUCUCCAGCAUAAGAUGAUAUAACUUGAUGUUAAAUGUCUUGAUGCAUAAAAGGUAAAAUGUGGCUUCUUUUAGGAUCUAUUUUUUAAUCGAGGUCUCGGGUAUCCAUUCAAAUGUUGUGAAAAGCAGACAUCGUCCCCUGUGUGGCUGGGUGCCUGCUGCUGCCCGUUGGUUCCACGUAAAUCCCUGACAGUGUUUAUUUCCUGUGUCUUGGAGGAAAAUCAUUUGGGGGGAGGGGAUUUCUUGAGUGAAGAGCAAACAUUAAAUUCAGAGAAUACCCCAGCCGAAAGUGAAAGGCCCACUUUGUGAGCAGAAACAUGUCCUGAGAAACUUGACAAGUACCUAUCUAUUUUACCAUUAUGAAACUUACCAUUUAAAAAAAGUUUAGAUGCCUUCUCCUUUUGAGGGAAAAAGGGUGCUUUUUAUUGUACAAAGCAGCGUCUUACGUAUUUUGAUAUACCAUUGUUUGAACUUCUGUCUUUAGCUGAUAGAUGCUCUGAUAUCCUUGAUUUAGGAUGUUCAGUAUGUUUGUGAGCGCUUUCUGGAAGACUUUUGUCCUAGGGAAAAAGCUAAACAUCAAUGUGUGGGUGAUUGUGUGAAGCUCACCGUAUAAGAACAUCUUUUUGUCUAGGUUUUAUUUCUGCUCUUUAUUGAAGACAAACAUUCACCAAAAAAGGAGGGGGGGAGUUUUGAGAUAAACUAAUUUUCUUUGACAAGAGUAUUACUUAAUAUUUUGGCCUAUUAAAGUUUUCCUAGUUAGUACUCAGAUUCCCUGUGCUAAUUGUUCAGCUUAUAUAUUAUUAUAUAGAUACAUUGUUUAUUCUGUACCAAACUGAUCUCAAAAGUACUACAUUGAAAAUAAACUGGUGACUGUUUUUCUUCAUAAAGUUCUGCGUUUGGCAUCUUCACUCUUUCCAAAAUGUAUCUGUACAUCAGAAAUGUCACUAUUCCGAGUGUCUUUUUAGUGUGGCUUUAGUAUGGCUUCCUUUUAAUAUUGUACAUACAUUGUAUCUUUGUUUUAUGGUAAUAAGUAAUAAAAAUGUAGACUUCA